AACAGAAGGAGUCACAACUAGGUCUUACCCCCCUGAAGGAUUUAUUUACUUCAAUUAGCACUUCCUUGGCCCAACGCAAAGUCUAUGGAGCUUCUUAUCACCUCCCACGGCGAACGUAAACAUUGGCGACCGCAGCCGGCCCAUUGAUCCCUACGUGUGUUACCGCCUUUUGCUGCGCGUCGCUGGUGUCCGUCUUCUCUUUCCAUCACUGGAGUACAGCAACUAGAACAGACAAUUAUACUACGCAUGCGCGUUUGCCCUUUGCUAGCUACCAGCGUGUUCGGCUCGGGUGCCAUUUUGAAGAGGAGGUUCGUCGGUCUUUGCCAGAUUUUGAACCAUCAAAAUCGGUCCACCGGUUGCAAUCUGCACGUUGCUCUUUUGCUGCUUAAAUCUUCAAUGUGCACUUUCAACUAGUUUUCAAGAUGUCAUAGUGCUUUAUUUCCUGGUGUUACUUUAUACAUGAAGAGUCUGUUGUUCUUCCAGUCAUGGCUGAGUGCCUGCGAGAUGUUUGUAGAUUGUGUGGGGGAGGCGGUGCUGCCGGUAUUGAUAGGAGGCAUCCUCAUUCCAAGGAAAAAUAUCACCAGGUGAUGUUGAGGGCCCUUGAUGUGGAUGUUCACACAGACGAGAUGGGGACUCAUCCACCCUUUGUCUGCCACAACUGCGUGAAGAAAUUAAUGAAGUGGUGGAGUGCGGCAAAACUUAAGAAGAAGCUGCAACUUAAUAUUGAAGUUUGCGAAUUUGUUCUGCAUCGUUGCGAGAGAUGUGUCCAGCCACUUGGUCUGUCUUCAUUAUGUGAUGAAUUGAAUGCCGUGUUGGUUUCUCAUCCGUCUUUCUUCAUAUGGCGUGGCACCAAUCUGAUGAAGAUUAUUCACUACGGUGACAGUGGCCGCCCAGAGGUGGAGAUCUCCAUCAACAGCACUUUAACUUGGCUAAUUGAGGUUUGCGGUGUGGAUGUAGCAGGAUCUGGGUGUCCAGUUCUUCAGGAUAUACCAGUGACUGCAGGUGUGCCUGAUGUUUCAAGAGUGUUGGAAACACUUGAGGCACACAACAUCUGCUCUGCGAACCGAGAUUUCAACAAGCUGGUCAAGUCACGAGAGGGUCCAGCAGGUCAAAUUCCUACGUCUGUGACUGGUAGGGAUAUCGUUCAAGUGUAUCCAUAUCCGACGAUUAGACACAACAAAUGCCACCUACUUGUUUCGAAGCCAGGUUUGCUGUGUGAAGUGUGUGUCAUGUUCAGAGUAGAUCUGAAUGUCAUGGCAUCCCGUCUUGGUGGGUCCAGGGAAGUUACUACCUCUUCCAGCAUCCGAAAUAACACCAUGUCCAAUGCCGAGCUACAGAAGAAGAUGAAGCUGAUGAAGAUGGAGAACAAGGCCUUGAAGAAACGAAAUGCUGUUCUACACACAAAGAUAACUGCGAUGAUUCAGGUGGAGAGUGUUGAGGUCAACACCCAAGAAGGAAGUUUCCUCCACCAGGCGAUGCAAGAUGGGGAAAAAGAGUUUAUGAUGGCCUCUAUUGAGGGAUCUCCGGCAGGUUUGCUAUGGGAACAGCAGAAGGCAUCCUUUCAGAAGGGCAAGGGGAUGAGGUGGCACCCGGCCAUCAUUCGAUUUUGUAUUGCUUUGCAAAGCAAAUCUUCUUCCUCCUACAAUUUACUUCGUGAAAGUGGUUUUUUGAAACUACCUCAUCCCAACACUCUACAUCCGUAUACUCAUUUCGGUGAUCCAGCACCCGGCUUCAAUGCAGAUCUUGUUUUGCGUGUGAUAAGUGACAUGAAGCUGCACACUCUGCCACAGCACCAGCGAGAGGUCUGCGUCUUAUUUGAUGAGAUGAAAAUUAAAGCCAGUUUGGUGUAUUCAGUGCGGUCCGGGGCUGUUGUUGGUUUUGUAGAUGUUGGAUCCAUCGGCAAUGAGAUUCUACAGUUUGAGAAAAGAUGCCAAGAUGAGGAUAUUUCCAUUGCAAGUCACGUGUUAGUUUUGAUGGUCCGUGGUAUAUUUACUUCAUUACGCACACCAAUUGGAUACUACCCCAGUCUUGGUGUUUCGAGCCACCAAUUGUAUCCGUGUAUGUGGGAGGCAAUAAUGCUUCUGGAGGCUGCAGGAUUUUCUGUCAGAGGUCUGGUUUCUGAUGGGGCUUCACCCAAUCGAAAAUUCUAUCGGAUGCAUGGCCCUCGUGAGGAGUUUUUGCACUCCACACCACAUCCUGCAACGAAUAACCAAUUGUACUUCUUCUGCGAUCCACCCCACUUGAUAAAGACCACCAGAAAUAACUGGGAAAACUCCGGAUGUCACAACAAAACCAGGAACUUGCAUGUAAGUAUAUGUAUGCUAACAUAAUAUUUCUACAUGUAUUUAAACAUUUGAUGAGACUGAAUAUCUUUGAGAAAUUGGUGGAAAAUAGAUACAUGUACAUGUACCUGUUGAUGAGUGAAGUGGAUACAUGUAUUGUGAAUAUGUCACCCAUGGAUUUUAAGCAAAUUGUCCCUGAUUGUCCUUGCUCUAUGGUACUUGGUAUUGACCUACACGUAUAUUUGAGCUAAGGAUGCACAACGCGUCCCCGCAUGUUUAGUUCCAUACCACACGCUUAACGUAUGAGACGGUAUGCUGUAUAUAUCCACUAGGCGGUGCGCGGCGGGCGAACUAAGCCGGGCUAAUUACCGACUUGAUUUAAGUCUAUAUAUCGAUCACUGUAGUCUUGGGCAAAGACUCUGAAAUCUCUUGAAAUGGAAUAAACCUUCAGUGUGAUUGAAUAAACAAGUUGCGAAAUUGGACGGGAAAACAUAUUUUGUUUUAGCAACGCAAAUAAAUUCGAUUUUCGGGGAAAUUCGAAAACGGUACCGGCAGUA